UUAAUUCCAUCAACAACUUCAUCAUCGUCAUCAUCUUGUCUCAGUGUCAUCGCUAUCGCUGUCAUGGUUCUGGUACAAGACGCAUCUGGCUCUCGAGCCGCGAAGCUCAUCAAGACAUUCUGGGCCGUCAUCAAAGGCGAACAGCAAAUCACAAAUGCACACUCUGCAAAGUUAUUUGUACAAGCUUGCAAGAUCUACAGUAGCAAGAACUCACCUGUCAAAUUUGUCGAGGUCUUGAUCUCAAACCCUGCCGGCAUCGCGGCGUUGGAGAGAGUAGUCCGCGUCGACUUGAGCUUUGGCUUCAUAAACACCACUGCCUUGCCGUUCCUCCUAUCGCUAUCGGAUGAGGGUGUCGCUGCUCUCAGCAAUGGUGGAUUUCUUCGCCAGAUGCUGACGGCUAUUCUGGAGCCAACAACCUUUUGGACUGCUGCGGUGGACGCUUACCAUAGUGACCAACUCAACAAUGUCGGGCUUGAAGCUUUUGCCUGGCUGUGCCUACAAAUUGUUUCGGAUCAAACCAGCUUCGACUACCACAAGGAAGCAGUCACAGGAUUGAUGGAACAUAAAUCUCCUCUCAGAUCGGACUCACCCGAAGUGAGGAAGAUUGCAUACCGCAUCAACAAGAUCAUCAAGAUCUUUGCCCAGCCCGAAACUGCAUCCAGCGGAAUCACUCCUGGAGGACGUCACGACAACGACCAUGCCAAUUUCCGCGAUAUCUCAAUCUACCCGACCUCUGACGAGCUUCUCUCGACUGAUCCUCCGUAUCUCCAGCGACUGGGGGAGGUUUUUGACACGCCGAUGGAGACCCGAAGUCAGAGCUACCGCGAUUGGCUCUUCCGUCUCCUUCGCGAGGACAUGCUUUCUGAACUCCGAGAAGACCUUCAAGUCGCCAUGAGUCAGAAGAAGAGUAAGCGCCGUCCUGUUUCUUUGGGGCAAUUGAGAUUGGUUGGGAUCAAUGCCGACCAUGACAUCGAGACCAAGCACAUCCCGCCAUAUGCUCUCUACGUCGCGUGCCAGCAGGGCAUUAGUUUUCCAAACAAAUUACCAAAAGGCGGGAAGAAGGCGUUUAUAGAAGAGUCGAAGAACUUUAUGAAGCAUGACUCUUUUGGCGCGCUUUGCUGCAACGGCACCAUCAUCGCAUUUGGGUCACUUGUCAGAGAUGUCACGAACCUUCUUAAGACACCACCCAUCGUCGGCAUCAAAUUCAACGACGGUUCCGGGCUUAAGAAAGCGGUAGAUGUCCUUCAGAGUCCAUUCAAGGAUCACGUCAAGUUUUUCAUUGUCGACACCGCUACUUUUGCCUUCGAGCCGAUCCUCAGACGAUUGAAGACUAUCGUCGAGUUGCCUCUUGAAGCUCAAUUGAUCGACCCCGAGCAACCCUCUGGAGACGGUCCGAGAUCGGCAACAUUGAACGCCUUGCUUCACAAGCUCAAGGAGGCUUUGGAUUCAGGGAAAAGUUAUCAGAUGCCUACAGAUUUAAAACUAAAAAAAGAGAUAAAGCUGCAAGGUGCUCAGCUCAAGUCCUUCAUCCACGGCAUCAGCAGCAAUCUGGCUCUAAUUCAAGGUCCACCUGGUACAGGAAAGUCGUUUUUGGGCGCGCUCAUUCUCUUGACCAUUCUACGAUUGGCAAAAUCGCGUAUUCUUGUGCUGAGCUAUACGAAUCAUGCCCUUGAUCAAUUUAUGGAGGACCUGAUGGACAUCGGCGUCAGCUCAGACCAAAUGGUUCGGCUAGGCUCCAAGUUUACUGAAGCCACCAAGUCUACCCUUCUGAGAGAAUACGACGGCCAAAAGAAGUAUUGGUUAAAGAUGGAAGAGAAGAAUAUCCUCAAUAACCUUCGCGUUGAAGAAACGAGACUCAGCUUGGAGCUUCAAGAAUGCAGUAGAAAGCUCGCUGCACGAGAGGCUCAUCCGGCCGAUAUCCUGGAACACCUAGAGCUUUCCGAAAAUUUCAGCAUCGCAUGGGAAGCUUUUCAGGUGCCAGAAGAUGACGGCUUCAAGAUGGUUGGUUCGGAUGGUAAAGCAAUUGAACCGGCGGGUGUUUACCAGUACUGGCUGGACGGCGGUGAUGUCAAUCGUCUCGGACACCUCAGCGCAUCUCUCGACCCGAGAGCCCGUACCGUCUGGAAUGCGCCGCUGGCUGUAAGAAGGCAGUGCCAUUACGAGUGGUCUCAAGUGGUUCGUGAGGAACAGAGUGCCCGGUUCGUUGAACUCAGCAAGCGAUUCAGUGAUGUGAGGACUGAGAUCAAGAGUAUCCUCGACGAGCGCGGGCGACGAGUGCUUAAGGAUAAACAGAUCAUUGCUUGCACAACCACUGCUGCGGCAAUGUAUCAAUCCAUCAUCGAAACCGCCAAUCCCGACGUCAUUCUGGUUGAAGAAGCGGGAGAAAUCCUUGAAGCGCAUAUUAUUACAGCAAUGAGUGGUUCAGUCAAGCAGCUCAUACUCAUCGGAGACCACAAACAACUGAGGCCGAAGGUGGGCAAUUAUCUAUUGACAAAGGAGAAAGGAGAAGGCUACGACCUGAACGUAUCGCUGUUUGAGAGACUCGUUGCUCAAGGCCGCCAUUUCACAGCUCUUGAAGAGCAGCAUCGCAGUCAUCCAGACAUCUCACAAUACCCUCGCAUGCUAGCCUAUCCCGAACUGAAAGACACGCCAUCGACUUCCGACCGCCAGCCGAUCCGAGGAUUGAAGACUCGCGUCACGUUUGUGCACCAUGAACGACCGGAGGAUACCAUGGACGAUGUCGCGGAGCGCCGGGACCCAACAGCCAAAGCCAGCAAGAGAAACCUUCACGAAGCUAUGAUGGUUCUUAGAAUGGUUCGCUAUCUAUCGCAGAACGGAUACAAGACCAAAAACAUGGUUGUUCUCACGCCAUAUCUGGGACAAUUGUUCCUUUUGAAGGAGACCCUUCGGAAGGAGAUGGAUCCUUGGCUAAAUGAUGUCGACAACCAUGACCUGGUGCGUGCGGGACUGGUCACGCAAGCGGCAGCCAAAGUGAAUAAGAUGCCCCUACGUCUCUCAACAAUUGAUAACUAUCAAGGAGAAGAAUGCGAUAUCGUCAUCGUCUCACUAACGCGCAGCAACGCACCAGGAGAUAUCGGAUUCCUAGACGCUCGCGAACGACUCGUUGUCCUUCUAUCACGAGCCCGAAACGGCAUAAUUCUUUUUGGUAACAUGGAGACAUUCAUGAAGAGCAAGAAGGGCGGUAAAAUGUGGACGCAGUAUUUUGAUGCGCUGAAGGAGAAUAACUGUAUAUUCGAUGGAGUGCCCAUCCAUUGCGAGCGCCACCCCGAGACAUCCAUGUUAUUGAAGUCACCAGAGGAUUUUGAUGAGAAGUGCCCCGAUGGAGGAUGCGCCGAGCCUUGUAAUUCCCUAUUGAGCUGCGGUAAACACAAAUGCAAGCGACGCUGCCAUAGGGUACAAGACCACUCAAAGAUCCAAUGCUUUGCCAAAGUCGACAGAAUUUGCGAUAAAGGUCACAAGACCAAGGUCUCAUGUGGAGAUAAGACCAAAGUCUGCGUGACCUGCAUCAAAGAGGACGAAGAAAACCAGCGACGUAUCAAACGCAACCUUGAACUCGAACGACUACGCCAGGAGGAUGAUGAGAGACGUAUCAGACGUGACCUCGAACUGGAACGAAGGCGCCAGGGGCUCCAGGACAAGUAUCGCUUGCAGUUACAAGAGAUUGAGGAUGAGAUUGACCAUCGUCGUCGAACUAUGAAGUACGAGUCUGAAGAGAAGAAACAUGCAGACGAGCUCAAACAGAAGAAGGAAGAGCUUGAGUCUCUCCGUCAAGCUGAAAGCAACAAGAAGAAGAUGAAGGCGACUCAAAAGAAUGUCCCGCCACAUCAAACCGUAAAUCCACAGUUUGAUCCCAUAUCCAAUGCAGCCAAUGAGUGGAAGAAUAUGAAAGACGUCGAAGGUGCUCGCAACGCUGCUUUGGAUAAGCUCAUGGGAAUGAUUGGUCUGGAAUCUGUCAAAGAUCAAAUACUCUCGAUCAAGUCCACAGUAGAUACCAAGAUACGUCAAGGGUUCUCACUUGGAGAUGAAAGAUGGAGCUGCUCACUACUUGGCAAUCCAGGAACAGGCAAGACGACAGUGGCCAGAAUAUAUGCCGAAUUCCUCACGACGGUCGGCGCAAUUGCAGGAAGCUGCUUCAAAGAGGUGACCGGCUCUAAACUCGCCAACAUGGGUGUUGCCGGCUGUGAAAAGCUUCUAGAAGAUGUGAACAACAACGGUGGCGGCUGCGUCUUCAUCGACGAAGCAUGCCAGUUGUCAUCUGGCAACAGCCCCAGCGGCAAGGCCGUACUGGACUAUCUCCUGGCAGAGGUUGAAAACUUGAGGGGUAAGAUUGUGUUUGUCUUGGCAGGGUACAGUAAAGAGAUGGAGUCUUUCUUCUCACACAAUCCCGGCAUCCCCAGCCGAUUUCCCAUUGAAAUGAAGUUUGAGGACUAUACGGACAAAGAACUCCUCCAAAUUCUUCAGCUACAGAUCCAUCGCAAGUUCAAUGGUAGAAUGGCUGUUGAGCAAGGAGUCGAUGGACUGUUCUGCCGGAUUGCUGUACGUCGGGUUGGCCAUGCUCGCGGGAAGAAUGGUUUUGGGAAUGCACGCGCCGUGGAAAACUGCCUUCAGAAGAUCAGCCAACGACAAGCAGCACGUCUCAGAAGGGAACGCCGAGCUGGCAAGAAGCCAAAUGACUUGAUCCUCACCAAAGAAGACAUCAUUGGGCCAGAACCCUCCGAGGCCUUGCUGAAUAGCAACGCUUAUCGAGAGCUCAGGUCCCUGAUCGGGUUGCAGGAAGUCAAAGAUGCACUUGGUGUUCUCAUGGAUACCUUGAGAACAAACUAUGAGCGCGAGCUUGCGGAGCAUCCUCUGGUAGAGUUCUCGCUAAACAAGGUAUUCUUGGGAUCACCCGGAACUGGAAAGACGACUGUCGCAAAGCUUUACGGGGAGAUCCUCAAAGAUCUGGGACUUCUUUCGAAUGGGGAGGUCGUCACCAAGAAUCCAGCUGAUUUCGUUGGGGCUGUUCUUGGCCAGUCAGAGGCUCGGACCAAGGGCAUCCUUGCUGCCACGGUUGGAAAGGUUCUUCUGAUUGACGAAGCAUAUGGCCUCUAUGGAGGAGGAGGCGCGAAUGGAUCUGUCACUGACCAUUACAAGGCGGCUGUUGUCGACACCAUCGUUGCAGAGGUUCAAAGCGUGCCAGGCGAAGAUCGAUGCGUCCUCCUGCUUGGCUACAAGGAGCAGAUGGAGGAGAUGUUCCAGAACGUUAAUCCUGGCCUCAGCCGACGCUUUCCUAUCUCAUCUGCCUUUGUCUUUGAAGACUUUGAUGAUGUUGCUUUGGCAAAGAUUCUGGACCUCAAACUGGGCAAGUCGGGCUUCAAGGCAACAGUCAAGGCCAAGGUUGUCGCACUGGAUGUCCUGCGCCGUGCCAGAAACCGCCCAAACUUUGGAAAUGCGGGUGAGAUUGACAUCUUGCUUGGAAGAGCUAUGGCCAGCCACCAAAAGCGUGUGUCGUCUGGACGCGUCAAGAGACAUGGGACCUUGGAGCCGAUUGACUUUGACGAAGAUUUUGAUCGCGCUGAAAAGGGUGAUACCGACGUCAAGAAAUUGUUCGAGGGCGAUGUCGGGCGUGACCAUCUGAUAUCGAUCCUUCAAGGUUACCAGACCCGGGUGCGUCAGGCCAAGCAACUGGAGAUUGAUCCAGAGAUCCCCUUCAACUUCCUGUUCAGGGGUCCACCUGGAACAGGAAAGACUACAGCUGCGCGCAAGAUGGGCCAGGUAUACUAUGACCUGGGCUUCUUGGCUAGCACUGAAGUUAUUGAGGUCUCUGCUACUGAGCUCAUCGGUCAAUAUGUUGGCCACACUGGACCAAAAGUACAGCAGCUCCUGGACAAAGCUUUAGGACGGGUUCUCUUUAUUGAUGAAGCGUAUCGACUGGCUUCUGAGAGUUCGUUUGCUAGAGAGGCUGUCGAUGAGCUUGUGGACUGUGUCACGAAGCCAAAGUAUCAUGGCAAGCUUAUCAUUAUCCUUGCUGGCUACGUGCAGGACAUCAACACUCUGCUGGGCAUCAACCCAGGAAUGUCUAGUCGGUUCCCGGAAAGCAUCGACUUUGACCCUCUCGCUCCUGCUAGCUGCAUUCAGCUGAUGACCAGUCAGUUGCAUGCUAGCAAAGCCAAGCUCAAGGGAAAGUUACCAGUGGAUCUGUCGUGCUUGGAGCGUCCUGAGAGAGAAUUCUUGACGGAACUGACCAAAAAGUUCAAGGAACUGUCGGAGCAGGAUAGCUGGGCAAAUGCGAGAGAUGUCAAGGAACUUGCCAAGAAGAUGUUUCACAAGUUUGAUCUAUCUUCUAAAAGCCUGACACUUACUGAAGAACUGAUUCGCAGCACUAUGGAUGAGAUGAUGGCGGAGCGUCGAGGCCGAAUGACGGACAAGAAGCCUACUGCUGCGAGUGAGAUCGCCAAAGCACUCACCAAUACGCCCAUGUUCACACCACCUGCGAUGACGACCAACGCCACCACGGUUACCCAGGAAAAGGAGGAGGAGGAGAAGGAGGAGCCAGAAGAAGAGCUCCCAGCCAUCACUGUUCCCCAUGGCAUCCGAGACGCCGGGGUAAGCGAUGAAGUUUGGGAGCAGCUUCAAAAAGACAAAGAGCGAGAAGCCAAAGACGAAGAAGAGUUUCGUCGUCUCAAAAAGGCCCAACAGAAUGCAAAGGACGCUGACAGGGAGAAGCUUGUUCGUCAGAUUUUAGCCGAGGAGGAGAAACGGAAAAAGAUUGAGGCGAGAAAGGCAAAGUUGAUGAAGAUGGGAGUUUGUCCGGUUGGAUAUGACUGGAUUAAGCAGAGUGCUGGGGGAUUUAGAUGUGCGGGAGGUUCGCAUUGGAUGUCUGAUGAGGCUGUUGAUAAAAUGUAG